AUGUCUGCUAUUGACACGGCACUCCUGCCCCCUGCUUUGUUUGAGCAAAGGGAAAAGGCUAACCACCAGCAGCAGCCACAUUCUCAAACACAGCCUCAGCCACAUCACCAGCAUAAACAGCUCCAGCGCCAGUGGCUGGAAAGCCAAAUUUCCCUUACACACGAGACACCUUUUGCAGACUCGCAGCCGUGCAGAUACCUCUUCCCACCUAUCUUCCCUUGCCACUACAAGCUCCAGCGGGCCGGGUUUAUGGGCGUCUGGGUUGGGCUGCAUGCGGCGCUUCUGGCGUACUUUCUGGCAAAGAACGCGACCAAGGACUGGACGGAUGGCCUCAACUUGGCUUCGCAAUAUGGCAUUCUUGCGUCGGUAAUGGGAAUACUCCUGGCCAUGUCGCCAACGUUCAUUGGCCUCUUGCGCUCCACGCCCCUCGACCGAAUUUUCACCUUUGAAAAACGCACACACGCGCACAAAUUCAUGUCCUACAUUCUCUUUGUGUGGACCAUCGUUCACUCGUCACUGCACUACUGGACUGGCGUCAGGUAUGCUGACUCAGUCCAUACCUCUCACCUGUGGGUCUUCUGGCAGGACCAGCUAGGUAUCACCGGCCAGCUGAUGUGGAUAUUUUUCAUGUUCAUCGGACUGGCUGCCCUGCCCGUCGUGAGGCGGCUUUACUACGAGGUGUUUUACUACAUCCACCAUCUUUAUUUGGUAAACAUUGUCAUGUUGUACUUGCACUCGCAAAACGGCAAGGCAACUCGCUACAUCACGGGACCGCUGGUCAUCUUCGUUUGUGACUAUGUGUACCGCAGCUUGCGCAGCUAUCCCCUGAUCUGGAGCCGCCGUGCGCGUAUCCGGUACAUCAAGUUCCAUUCAAGUGACGUCGUGGAGAUUGGGUUUGAUCGCCGCGAGUUACUGCAGCACACGCGUAUCGGGCAGUACGUCAAGAUCUGCGUCCCAGAACUUGGGAUAUUCCAGUGGCACCCGUUUACGCUGACUGCAACGCCAAAUGAGACAAGGGUCAUGGCUGACGGAAAGGCCCGCGGCAUCUGGCGAAUCCACUUCAAAGUCACUGGAGAUUGGACCCGCAAGUUUUCACAGCGCCUUCAAAAGGUUGCGGCCGGCGGUGAUGCCUACACCAACAACUUCAACCAGGAGGCGCGCAUCGGCAGGGUAGUCAAUGACGCCAUUGUACCAGAGAUUGUGCCAAUGUCAACCCAAGGCGAGUACGAGGAAGACUAUAUCAUGGCCAUUGCCAACAUAAUUGACUCUGGGGACCCAGUCGCUGCUGCUGUUGAGCAGGACCCAUAUACUGCCAAUAGGGCUGUUCUACAGAGGGCCGAUGGAUCGGUGCGGGUGCACGCUGUCGGGGUCGCAAUGGCCAACAUUACUGCAUUGACGCUUGGAAACAGCGACAACGCACACGAUAUUACGAGCCCUCUGGGAAGUAACCAGGGGUGCCGCAUGGUGCUCGCGCCAAAGAAGAGCGAGUUUGACGACAAAUCGGUGAUAAGCAGCAACAACAGCAUUUUCGACGAUGCUUGGUUUGAUCCUGAUGUUGGUGGCGCUCAGAGGCAGGCCAUGCUGCCGACUAUCCUCGUGGAUGGGCCCUAUAACGCGCCAAUGGAGUCCUUCUUCGACCACCAGGCAAGCAUUAUAUUCGCAGCUGGAAUCGGUAUCACGCCCUACAUUUCAGCACUUGACCGUGUUCUGGAGAUGUGCGCCGACAACAUACCGACGCGCACGACGCACUCGUCUCGUGAAGACUUGCUUCCGCAGUCGGUCUAUCUGGUGUGGGUCUUCCGCGACAUAUCGCUGCUCAGCCUUAUACUGCCUACGCUGGAGCGGCUGCGUUCGGACGCACGUGCCCGCAAUAUCGUCGUACCUUGCCUGUACCUCACUGGCCCGGUGGACGCCGAUCACGAGAGUACGACCAGCGAUGUUUUUGGCAGGCAGAUGGUCAAGCUCUCCAACGGCAUCCGCAUCUCGCAGGGCCGGCCGCCAAUCGCGCGCAUGGUUUCGUUCAUGGCCGGGAAACACCCCAACACCCGGAUCGGCGUGUUCUGCUGUGCGUCAAAGAACAUGACCUCGCUGGUGCGCUCCUCAGUGCAUGAUACGAACGCAGCAGUUGCGCCGCGGGGCACACACAUGGAGAUGCGCGCCGAGUGCUUUUCAAUGUGA